AUUCAAACAGCCCCACGAUCUUGGCAAUCUUGUUGUUCCCAAUGAGCGAAACAAACUACAUUAUCGAGUAUGCGCCUUCGGGUCGAGCAAAAUGCAAAGCUGGCAAAGUCUGUCCAGAUCCCACUAUUAAGAAAGGAGACCUCCGCUUGGGAACAUCCUUUGAAACCGCAACUGGUGCGCCCAUGUCCACCUGGCGACACUGGACGUGCCUAUCUUCCAAAGUCCUCUCUAACAUUCAAUCAAAGAUCUCGUCUCCAGAAGAUUUGACUGGGUUUGACGGGUUGAGGGAGGAGGAUCAGGAAAUGGUGAAAAAGGUCUUUGAGGAGGGUUUGCCAGCAAAAGAAGAAGAGAAGGAAGAGGGAUCUGCAAAACCAAAAUCGAAGGCAGGUGCAAAGAAAAAGGAUGGGGAGCCAAAAGCUGGUGCAAAGCGUGGCAAGAAAGAGGUAGAAGAAACGGAAGAGAAAGAAGGAAAAGAAGAGUCCUCAGCAGCCUCUAAAAAACGCAAACCCAAGAAAGCAGACGAUAGUGAGACGGAACCGGAUGAACAUGAAGAGGCUUCACCACCCAAAAAGCGGGUUGCAAAACCCAAGAAGACAAACGAUAGUGAGACGGAACCCGAUGAACAAGAAGAGGCCCCGCCUCCCAAAAAGCGGGCUACAAAGCGCACCAAAGCCGAUGCUGCGGAUACCGGCGUUGCUGCUGAGACCAAGACGCGCAAACCGAACAAAAAGGCUGAAGCGGCGCCCGCCAAAAAGAAGGCAGAACCCGCUUCUGCCCCAACAAAAAGAACAAGAACUAGGAAUUCAAAGGCAGAAGAGUAAUGGGAUUGGAAAGACGGAAAGGGUUUAUGUGUACGCUGAUGCUUGCUGUGUGGACCCUGUACUAUAUCAAUAUCUUUGCAGAUGCAUAUAUUCUUUUUGGAGCUAUAUCUCGGUAUGCAAAUAUACAGUAUAAUGGAUCAUUUAGGAAUGCAUCCAUGCAUGCAGGGAUAAAAAAUCACACGUAUA